AUGAUUCGGGAACAGAAGGCUCCUCUGGGUUCGAGAUCAGACUUCACGCAGUCUAUAUCACAGGAAAAUUAUAAUUCUACCGCCCGACCGCGUGUUGCAUCUGGAAAAGAACCUACCCUUAGUGCAUCCCGCAACAACAAUCACUCCCUCUUCUCCUUUGGUGGAACUGCUGCUGCCGACGAGAAAUCCAGUAAUACCUUCGAAUUCCUACCUUCACCUAGUUUCGACGACCUUCAAAGUAGCAUAGCAUCCGCGUCCGAUGAUUUCAAGAAUCUCUUUCCGGCACCUGGAGGACAAAGCAUACUGGGGGAAAAGCGAUCGAUCGAAGCAAUGACUGAGGGACGGGCGACUGGCACUAUGUCUGGGACCGGCGCAGGUCGUGGGACAACUGGCCCGCGCCCUGCAAGGGCCGCCUCUCUUCUGCGGAGGCAGAGCACAUCUACACGGCAGAGCAGUAUUUCGUCAAUCGGGUCUGGGGCAUCAGGAUCAAUGGAUCCCCCAAGCGCUCCCCUCGCAAUGCGAAAUCGACGACAGCCUCAGCAUCCUCCAAUAUCUGCAAGCGCUGCAACCAACGCAAGAGCUCCUCGCAAAUCUAUAGGUCCUGGGGUAAUUGAUACCGACUACGCGAGACCUGCCCAAAGGCGGCGCCCAAGUUUAGCAUCCAACACAUCAUUGGGGGGCGUAUCAGAUGCUGGAGGAGUAUCUACCCGAGUAAAUAUUGGUGGUACUACAAGUUACACUGAAGGCGCUCGGGGAUUAACAGCGUCGCGGGCCGCAAAAACGAAAUCACUCCAACCACCUUCAAGGCAAGGGCAAACACAUUUGACACCAAAAAGCAGUACCCCAGAUCACAACAGGUCCUCACUGUAUGCUGGACGAUCACCUGGAAGAUCAAAUGGACAGGGCGCAACUACUCCAUCGUCUGCGAAACGUAUGUCAGUAAUGCCUCCUUCCAAUUCCCAUGCCAGUGGACUUGGCGCGAGAACCGUGAGCCCUACGGAUGCUCGACGGGCCAAACGGUUAUCGGUCCUUCAGCCUGCGCCUCCAAUGCCGAAUACGCCACCCCAACCAGAAGAGUCAAACUUUAGAGCCUCUCCGCGAUCGCCAUCGAUGCUACCGCGAAAGAUUCCGACACCAGCGUCAUCUCGAACCACACCUGACCUCACCCGUAAGUCUUAUAGCUCCGGCUUGUCAAUUGGGUCAAAUGCAAGCUAUAACACUUCUCAAACCUCUUCAGGUUCACUACAACCCCGAUUAUCAAUACCACCAGCAUCGUCCCGACUACCCACGCCGAAAACUAGAAAUAUACAUAGCUCAACUGGGAAUAAUGAGGAGGAAGAGGUUCCCCCCGUACCCGCGAUACCUAAAGCUUACGAAUCUCCAAAAGACUCGCCUUCAGAACCACCAUUCUUCAAGCGGAAGUCGAGUUUGCCUUUUGAUGCUAGCAGUAUACACAGUAUAUCAACAAAUAGUUUGUCAGGGAGGACUUCUGCAAAAGAGCCUGUCAAGAACGAGCGACCUCCAAAACCGCGGAAACAGGCGAUGCCCGCGAACUCUGAUGCUGAUCAGAAUAAUCCGACGCCGGUGAAUGCGAAAAAGAAGAAUCUCCAGCCUUUGAGAUUACCACCGCUAAAUCUGUUACCGCUGAGCACCCCUACAACGACGAAGAUUGCCGCUCUUCAUGAGCCGACAUAUUCAGAUGGUCAAGUGACUCCACCACCACGAAGAGCAAACGCAAAAACCCCAAGCACUCCAAUGACUGCAUCCAAAGCUUCAUUUUUCUCUCGAAAUCGGUCGGACGAGAAGAUUGAGCCGAAUGUAAGAAGCAACACUUCGACGCACCAUCUUCGAUCUGAAUCGCCGCAGAUGGGAAGCGGUUCCGAGGCGUCGAAACCAAUUCCUAUAAGUAACCGACAGCCGAGAACAACAGUCUCGCCAUUCAUAUCUUCUUCUCUCCCGAAGAAUGGUGAAGAACACUCAUACAUGCCAAGAUCCAAAACAAGUGGUGAUUUCAUGAACCAUGAUGCAGUGGCUGAGCCUGCUCGGCCUGCGAGAUUGACCGGUCCAAGGGCUCCCAAAGACAAAGCUCCGAAAACCGAAACGCAUACAGACAUCUCAAGUCCAGAGGAGCCAGCAACUCCUUCCUCUGGGUCGUCUUUACGGCGGAAACUGAGUCUCGGUUGGAAACGAACCACGUCCAAGGGCAGCAAUAGCAUAUCUCAAGCGGCAAAUGAAAGGCGCUCAGAGUAUCCGCCUGCACCACCGAAACAUGACAAUAUGCCACCUCCAAGAUUACCUGCGUCCGCGACUUUAAACAACUUGAACAACUACACUAUUCCAAGCCCUAGUCCUUCAAUCAAAUCUAAUCCGACCUACCUCGAUUCUAAGAGACGGAAGAGUUCGGCGUCAAGCUUGAGUACGUUCGCUGGCCAUGACCGGACGAGAAGCGAUUCAUGGGGCUUAAAUGGUAGCCCUAAAAAGGAAGAUCCACACAAGACCGAAAAACCAGCUUCCGCCGCUCCACGAACGACUUCGUCUGCUAUACACAAGAUGCUAUCCUCGAAAGCUUCAAACAGUACGAUGAAAGUGCAGGCGCAAGACCCCUGGACUGUGGAUCUUGAUAAACAAGACAUGGUCGCAGAAAGUGAGAUGAAGAGGCUGGCUUCGAAGCGAAAAGAGACAGAGCAAGCUGCACGUGUUUUGGACAGUCUGAAGAAGCGGGCGACACCAAAGGAGCGAGUUGGCCCGCAACAGGCGCUUCAGAUCGCCAAUCUUAAUAUAUAUGAACGUGGUGAGAUCGUAGACUACAAGGACGUCUUCUUUUGUGGAACUCAAAGUGCCGCCAAGCAUUCUGGGGAUUUGUCUUCAGAGGCUGCCAACUUUGGAUACGAUGAUGACCGUGGGGAUUAUACGAUUGCAAUGGGAGAUCACCUCUCAUAUAGAUAUGAAAUUAUCGAUCUGCUUGGGAAAGGGAGUUUUGGUCAGGUGGUCAGAUGUAUAGACCACAAGACUGGUGGGUUGGUUGCGAUCAAGAUUAUCAGAAACAAGAAGAGGUUCCAUCAGCAAGCUUUGGUCGAGGUCAAUAUUCUGCAAAAGCUGCGCGAAUGGGAUCCCCAUAAUAAGUACAGUAUGGUCAACUUCGUACAAAGUUUCUACUUCCGCGGUCAUCUUUGCAUCUCUACUGAGCUCCUAGAUAUGAACCUUUACGAAUUCAUCAAAUCAAACUCCUUCAAAGGCUUUCCUCUAGAGGUGGUGCGACGAUUUACGAAGCAGAUGUUGAACAGUUUGCUUCUGCUCAAGUCAAAGAAAGUCAUUCACUGUGAUCUCAAGCCCGAGAACAUCCUCUUGACCCAUCCGAUGCACUCUGAAAUCAAGGUCAUUGAUUUCGGCUCGAGUUGCUUUGAGAAUGAACGAGUCUACACCUACAUUCAGUCUCGCUUCUACCGUUCACCAGAAGUAAUUCUUGGCAUGACCUAUGGAAUGCCAAUCGAUAUGUGGUCUCUUGGCUGCAUCCUCGCCGAGCUUCUUACCGGCGUGCCCAUUUUCCCAGGAGAAAAUGAACAAGAACAACUGGCCUGCAUAAUGGAAGUCUUUGGACCCCCGGAGAAACACCUGAUUGAAAAAUCUACGCGGCGGAAACUCUUCUUCGAUUCCUUAGGCAAACCCCGUCUUACAGUAUCAUCAAAGGGCCGAAGACGUCGUCCGAGCAGUAAGACACUGCCGCAGGUGUUGAAGUGUGAGGAUGAGACAUUUUUGGACUUCUUGACCAGGUGUUUGAGAUGGGAUCCAGAAAGGAGGAUGAGGCCUGAUGAGGCUGUACGACAUGAAUUUAUCACUGGCAAGAAGAUCGCCACUGCACCCGUGUCUCGCACGACUCGAAAUGAAUCGCCGAUAAAACGCACACAUACUACCACCACACUAGCGAACACCAACCGCCCGCUUCCCGAACCGCCAACCACGAGUUUCAAGAACGGAAACCCGGUUCGGACUGCUGCCAGUCCGAUUAAAAAUGCAAUGAACACAAAUCGACGCGCAAGUAAUAUUGGUAGUGUGAAUAGUGUGGGAAUUGGGAGUAAGAGGACAAGUACUGGGGGACCGGUGGUCGGUGGAAGUGGGCUUCCAAGGGUUAUGACGCGGAGCGUGUCUAAAGAUCUCGCUUCUGCAGGUGCGACGGCUGCAAUGAGCUCGAGUAGGAGAUAG